UGCGCAGACGCACUGAAGGAGAAACAGGGGAACUGAAUUCUCCGGAGCAAGUCUCAAGGAGUAAACAUGGCGGAAGAACACGGUCAAGGGUCCGAUGACAACAUGACAACGACGGAAUACUGCAAGCGGCUGCAGCAGUGGAUGUGGCGCUAUUACAGUGGUUAUGUGAGCUGGCAGAGCUGGGUGCUCAUGUCCGCGCCGCUCUUCCCUCCGCCUCAGUUCGGUUGCCAGGCACCCGGCGGCAGCUCCACAUCUGCGUGUGCCGCGACGCCCGCUGACAUCGCCGCUUGGUAUAACCAGAUGAGCAGCCCACCAUCCAUCCGUUCAGCAGCCACUGCCUCAUCCAGCACUGCUGAGAGAGGACCAGCACAGCCUGCAGGUAGAGAGUACACCAUCCCCUCCCCUCUGCGUAGAUUUCUGGCUGAAACUGUGGAUUUCUUCAUUCUCUUCUGUUUUAAGGCAACCAUAGUGUUGUGGAUCAUGCAUCUCAGUGGAAUGAAAGAUAUCUCCAAGUUCAUGAUGCAGUUUAUCAUGGAAGAGAUUGAUGAGAACACAUCACUGGAGGACCUGCAGAAGAUGAUGGCCGUGGCUUUAGCAUACAGAGUCCUAGUGUGUGUCUAUGAAAUCAUCUGUAUUUGGGGAGCUGGAGGUGCCACUCCGGGAAAGUUCCUGCUGGGGCUUCGAGUCGUCACAUGUGAUACGACAGUCCUAGUGCAGCCAAAUCGGGUUUUGGUGGUACCGGCAUCCAGUGUCAGCUUCUCUGCCUCCACUUUACGGGCUUUAAACAAAAACUUCUCCAUCGCCUUCCUGUUCCCUAUCUUUAUCACGUUACUAUUUUUCCAGCACAACAGAACUGUUUAUGACGUUGUGGCUGGAACCAUUGUGGUUCAGAGGAGAAGAGCCAGAUGACAAGCCUGUGUGUGUCAAAAUCAUGUCUAAUAAUAGCCAUAUAGUAUUUCUUGCAGAUUUGCACUAAUGAUCCAUGUAUUAAAGUCUGAUCACAUAGCUAUUGUUUACAGCACUGAGAAAUAUCUGCUUUCUUAGAAAAGUGAUCCCUCAACAGACAGUAUUUAAUGUUAAAUGAUGAGUGAUAUCAAGCUCAAGACACGUGUUUUAUGUAGACAUACUUGGAAAUUUAAUUUAGAGUUUCACUCUAAUCACCAGCUUAAUCCACAAGGUUUUCAUAACUUCUCCUCAGAUUCAAGCUUUACGGCCCAGACGAGUCUGUUAUUAAUCUUACCAAAGGCAGGGAAUUGAGCUCGACAUUCAUUGCGUAUCCUUUCUCACAUGCACGCAGACGUCCGGAAUGUUCCAUUCCUUUUGUCAAUUCAGUCAGUGGCUGAUAUGCCUCACGACAUUUCUCAGGAUUUCUUAAAAAACCUUUUAUGUGGCAUAUGUUUCAGUUCUGAUCUUUGAUAUGUGAAGAAUUAAGAGCUGUAUUUUGAAAGUCACAUUAUCUGCCAUAAAUUAUUCAGCAUGCUAAACACAUCAGCUGUUUUGUUUUAUCAUUGUGCAUGGUUCAUAAAAAUAUAUUUGAUGAGAUUGACAAGAUUUGAUACAGUGUAUUUACCGCUUAUGUAUUUUAUGCAGAAAUAUUGUCAAAUCCAUCUGGCGUGUGGCUAAAUUAAAUUAACUUCUCUGGGAUACAUUAU